AUGGCAGGAGGUGGUGGCGCCCCCUGCUGGGCGGGCGGGCGCCCCCCGCCGGUCCUGAUGCUGCUGGUGCUGCUUCUGACGGCGGCUGGAGAGGACAUCGAUGCGGAGGCAUGGCUACGGCUCUAUGGGUACCUGCCACAGCCCAGCCGGCACAUGUCCACCAUGCGCUCGGCUCAGACCUUCUCUGCGGCCCUCACCGAGAUGCAGAAGUUCUACGGCAUCACUGUCACCGGCGUCCUGGAUGAGGAGACCAAGGCGUGGAUGAAGCGUCCCCGCUGUGGGGUCCCGGACCAGUUUGGAGCACGGAUGAAGUCCAACAUGCGGCGGAAGCGGUACGCGCUGACAGGGAGGCGCUGGACCCAGAGUUAUCUCACUUUCAGCAUCCAAAACUACACAGAGAAGCUGGGUCGGUACCACUCAUACGAGGCCAUCCGCCGAGCAUUCCAGGUGUGGGAGCAAGCCACACCGCUGGUUUUCCGGGAGGUGCCCUAUGAGGACAUCCGGCAGAAGCGGAAGAAGGAGGCUGACAUCAUGGUGCUCUUUGCCUCUGGCUUCCACGGAGACAGCUCCCCCUUUGAUGGUGUUGGGGGAUUUUUGGCUCACGCCUACUUUCCCGGCCCUGGUAUGGGGGGGGACACGCAUUUUGACUUGGAUGAGCCCUGGACGCUGGAGAACACAGAUGUAUCUGGGAACAACCUUUUCUUGGUGGCUGUGCAUGAGCUGGGUCACUCACUGGGCUUGGAGCACUCCAGCAACCCCAGCGCCAUCAUGGCCCCUUUCUACCAGUGGAUGGACACGGAGAACUUUCAGCUGCCCGAGGAUGACCUCAAGGGCAUCCAGCAGCUCUACGGUACCACGGACGGGCACCCUCAGCCCACCAAACCUUUGCCCACCGUGACACCCCGGAGACCUGGCAGGCCAGACCAGAAACCCCCCAGGCUGCCCCCCCCAGGGAAACCAGACCGACCCCCCAGGCCUGGCAGCCCAGACCGGCCUGACCAGUACGGCCCUGACAUCUGCGAUGGGAACUUUGACACGGUGGCAGUGCUGCGUGGGGAAAUGUUUGUGUUCAAGGGCCGGUGGUUCUGGAGAGUGCGGCACAACCGGGUGCUAGACAACUACCCCAUGCCCAUCGCACACUUCUGGCGGGGCCUCCCUGGGGACAUCGAUGCCGCCUACGAGAGGCACGAUGGGAGAUUCGUCUUCUUUAAAGGUGACCGGUACUGGCUCUUCCGAGAAGCCAACCUGGAGCCUGGUUACCCACAGCCCCUGGUCACCUAUGGACAGGGCAUCCCCUACAGCAGCAUUGACACAGCUGUGUGGUGGGAACCCACAGGGCACACCUUCUUCUUCCGUGGGGACAGAUACUGGCGCUUUAAUGAGGACACCCGCGCCGUGGAUCCCGGGUACCCAAAGCCCAUCUCUGUCUGGGUGGGCAUACCUCCUUCACCCAAGGGUGCCUUCCUCAGCCCGGAUGCCUCCUCCACCUACUUCUACAGAGGUACAAAGUACUGGAAAUUCGAUAAUGAGCGGCUGAAGACGGAACCGGGUUAUCCCAAAUCCAUCCUGCGGGACUUCAUGGGCUGUCACACGGAGCUGGUCCCAGACCCCCAUCCCCACUGGCCCGAUGGGGACCAGCCCCCCUUCAACCCUGAUGGGGAUGGGCGGGCCAAAGGCAAUGAGGAGGAGGAGGAGGAGGGGGAGGAGGAAGAGGAUUACGGUGAGGGUGGCCACCAGCCGGGUAGGGACGUGGAUGUGGUGGUGCAGAUCGACGAGUACACGCGCACCAUGAGCGUGGUCAUGGUGCUGGUGCUGCUGGUGCUGCUGCUCUGCAUCCUCGGCCUCAUCUACGUCAUCGUCCAGAUGCAGAGGAAGGGCACCCCGCGGAUGCUCUUGUACUGCAAGCGCUCCCUGCAGGAGUGGGUCUGACCCUGCUCCUCCCCAGACCUCCCCACCACCAUGGUGCUAACAAUGAACCUGACCUCCCCUCCCCUUGUCCUUCCCCACAGCCUCGGUCCCGCUGCCCCUUUGUUGCUUGAUGCUCUUCCAGCCUCACAAAAGGGGAUGUGUCAUGUCCUCCUCCGGGUUGGGAACAGGGGAUGGUCAUGGUGGGGCUGGAGGCCAUCCACCUGCCUGUGCCCCCGCCCUAGGCUGUGCCCCUCAGGUUGCCCCCAUCAUGCUUUGGCUGUGCCGCAUGGGGGGAGCAGGCUGGAGCUGCACACACGUGCUGCGAGCUGGCAGGUCUCAGCUGCCAGCACUGCACUGGCCGGGAAGCACGAGGGGAGUGGGGAUGCUGAGCUCGCGGACGUGUUUCUUCUUGAACCAUGGGGAUACAGGAAUGUGCCUAAAGAUGUCAUGAGGGGGGCAAGAUGCCACCUUUGCAGCUCCUCUUUGGGCUCAGCUCAUCCUGGGCCCUGCCAGGACACAGGGUCCUGUGGGCAUGGCCGCCUUGUACGUCUAUUAAAUGGGUUGGGUAUGUGGA